GUAGUCAGCACGUCGGUGGCAAAUCUGAUCAGACACUCGGACGUGCUGCCGCUGGUGUGCGAGAACGGCCCGAAGUUGUGGAUCGACGGGUCGAACGUGCAGAUCCCCAAGUGCGUGGACUACUGCGCAGCGUGGUCCAUGAAGACGGCGACGCAGCAGCCAGCUGCGACGGAGAUGGUGGCGCCGAAGAAAAAGGCCAAGAAGGACGAGAAGACCGUCACGCACGAGUUCGGCAGCGUGGAGCUCCCAGUGCAGGUGACCGCGGUGAGCGGCCCCAAGACGUUCAAGUACAAGGUGCCCGUGCUGAAGGGCGUGGGCUCGGAGCCAGCGCUGAGCCACGUCGGCGAGUGCUGCAAGCCCGAGUUCACGGACUGGGGCGACGAGGAUAGCGACGCCGAGGACGGCGGCAAGCAGGACAUCGGAUGGAAAGCCAUUGAUGCAGACCCGACGGUCUGUGCUGAGUCGGCCAAC